AUGGAUGAUAUCGAGGAACGGUUGCGAAGCCAUGCUCAGGCCUUCGACGGCCUUCUGUCUUUGAUUCCUGCGAAGUACUAUUACGGUGAAGAUGGCAGUGACCAAUGGCAACGGAAGAAACAGACCAAGGAGCAAGCCCGCGAAGCCAAACGUGCGAAAUUGGACCCCGAAUCUGCCAAAACGGCCAAGGAUGUAAUGGACGAGAAUGCACGGAAGCGUAAACGGAACGAGGAGCAGAAUGGGACCGACUCAUCCGGGGAAGAAGAGCUGGGCUCUGAACUUCCAAAGGAAGGACUAAAGAGAGGCGAUGCCAAAUCGAAGAAGCAGAAGCAGGCCACUACAGAGCAGUCGGAGGAUACGGCGGCCAAACUGGAGGAAGCCGAAGCGCGCAAGAAGUUAAGAGAGGAGAAGAAGGCACAGAAGAAGGCCGCUCAGAAAGAGAAGAAAAAGGCCAAGGAAGUUGCCAAGAAAGAGAAACAAAGUGAAAAUCCCGAGUCGAAGCCGGCGAGCGAUAAAGCAGAAGAGCAGAAGCCUUCCAAGGUAGAAGACAGCGAUGAUGAGAUUGAGCAAGAAGGUGCUGUUCCUGAGGAAGGCCUCUCACUCGAAUUUAACUCCGAGCCCGCAGAACAGCCAUCCUCUCCAUCCUCAGCACCCAACUCUCCCGGGUUUGAUGCCUCAAAUGACCACUCCGGCAGCUCUUCCAUAUCUUCCAUCGCCCCUCCUACUGCUUCCACUGACGCCAACGACGCCUCCCAAAAAUCAUCAUCUGAUCCCAAGCCUCUCAAGCCGACCCCGGAAGAGUUGAAACAGCGCUUACAAAAGCGUUUGGACGAGCUGCGUGCCGCCCGGCAUGCCGACGGAUUCGACGGCAAGCCCGCACGAAACCGCCAGGAGCUGAUCGAGGCUCGGCGGCAAAAAGCCGAGCAGCGCAAGGCACACAAGAAACUGCUGCGACAGAAAGCCAGGGAAGAAGAGCAGCGCGCCAAAGACGAGGCCAUGGCCAAGCGCUUCUCCCCCGGUGGCUCCGGCUCGCUUCUUGCGUCGCCGCGGUCCCCUGCAGACUCGAUCGGCUCGAACGUCAACUACUCAUUCGGCCGGGUGGUGUUCGGCGACGGCCAGCAGGCCGACCCCAGUCUGAUGAACGUACGGGAACAGCCAAAGCGCCAUGGGCCCCAGGACCCCGCCACGGCACUCAAGGCGGCAGAGGCAAAGAAGGCCCGCCUGGCCGAGAUGGACGAGGAGAAGCGUGCGGAUAUCGAACAGAAGGACAUGUGGCUGAAUGCCAAGAAGCGGGCGCACGGGGAACGCGUCCGUGACGACACCUCGCUCCUCAAGAAGGCGCUGAAGCGGAAGGAGUCCGCGAAGAAGAAGUCCGAGCGGGAAUGGAAGGAGCGUCUUGACGCCGUCAAGAAGGGCAAGGACGCGCGUCAGCAGAAGCGCGAGGAUAAUCUCCGCAAGCGACGCGAGGAGAAGGGCAACAAGGGCAAGAAACCUACCGGCGGCAAGAAGAAGGCCAGACCUGGGUUUGAGGGAAGCUUCAAAGCCAAGGUGGGUGGAAAGAAAUGA